UCUUCACAUGUACCGAGCCGCAUGGCCCUGGUUCCUGCUCGCACUUUCGGGUGCACAAGCUGCCCUUCGUCCGGUUGCAGAGCGGUUGGACGGUGCUUGCGGCGAUGGACCACCGGGGCCAGAUGAUCUUGCUAGCUAUUGGCUGGUCUCAACUUGGCAUGGCCAUGCAGACCGAACAGACUUGAAUGAACUGAGAGAGUUCAAUGUCAGGCCUUUGUUGCUUCACCACUGCGUUGUGCAGAGCAAUGUUGGCGAGUUCUUGGACAAGGUACUUCCACUGUACUUUACUUCUACUAGCACUCCUCCUUCGUCGCCUCCUCCGUCUCGUCCUCUACCCGCCGCUUCCGCUUGGAUGAACGGUCUUUCAGUCGUCGUCGAGCUGCAGCCGCAGUUAUUUCUGGAGCCAACAACUGGAUGUUUUGUCACUGGCUUCGAUUGCUACGAACGCAUCAAGGUGGCAUAUCGCCAGAUGCUGAAUGCUUCAGGUAUAUGGUCAGAUGACAAGUACCAUCCAGCUGUCCAGGCCUUACUCCUCGCACGAGAUCCAGUGGCCCUGGCAGCGACUCUGGGGGGCUCUGGCCCUCACGCGGCACUGCUGGGCAUCGUGUCUGCUUGGGAUGGCGUGCUUGGUGCGGAGAUGGAUAUGGGAGUCGCGAGGCCUGUCCCGCUUGACAUUACCGUCCUUUUGCCAAUGGCGCUACCCAGCAGAACGACAGCUGCUGACGCUUGCUUCAGAAAGAAGGCAUCGCAAGGUGGGUGCGCAGGCUCGCACUCUUUGAGAGCGAUGUAUGUAGCCGCCUGGCAAGAGCCAGGUUUCAUGCGAACCCUAGAUUUGCCCGACUUGACUCGCAGAGGCUUUUGGCCACCUGACUCGACUGCAAGGGUGGAGGAGGCUGUGUAUGUACCGCACAACGAUGUGUUUUCCUCCUUCCUCAGCCGAUGGGUGCAAAUGUUUCCAGGCUCACCAAGCUUGGAUGAGAUUGUGACCUAUCUCAGGCAAUUUCAAGAGUUUCUACCUAGUGAAUACGCUGAAAGCGGUGGAAAGCAUAGUUCACUUGUUGAAUUGAAUAAUACCUGGAGCUGAUCAUAAAAUGAUUUAGAAA